AUUGCAGGUUUUGAGAAGCUUUCUAAGUUGAGAAAUUUGGAAAUCCUCGAUCUACAAUUCAAUGUAUUGAACAAUAAUAACUUAUCAUUUUUGAGUGAGCUUUCAUCUCUCAAAUAUCUAAAUCUAGCAUGGAGUGACAUAUCAUCAUCAAACAAUGGUUUUCAUAACUUGACCAAAGUGGAAGAGUUGUUUAUGGAUUAUUCUAUCCUCCCAACCAACUUCUUUCAUGGUGUUGGAGCAUUGACUUCUCUCAAGGUUCUAUCACUAUCUAACUGCCAACUUAGUGGCUUAACAAGCCCAGGCCUAUGUGAAUUGACACAUCUUGAAGAGUUGGUUCUUAACUACAAUUAUUUAGAGGGAGCCUUGCCUUCAUGUUUGGCAAAUUUGACUUCUCUCAAGAGAUUAAGCCUCGAUUUAAACAGAUUUUCUGGAAAUAUAACUCUAUCCCCUCUUAACAAAUUGACAAACCUUCAUUACUUGUCCCUUUUAGACAAUGACUUCCAAAUUCCCAUCUCCCUUCAACCAUUCUUCAACCAUUCAAAACUCAAGGUUAUCAAAGCAACAAACAAUGAAUUUUAUGCAAAUACCGCCAUUGAAUCUUUGGAACCAACUUUCCAACUAGAUAUCUUGGUUUUGUCUGGUCAUGGAGAUUGUGGAGCAAUUCCAAACUUCCUCUACUCUCAACAUGACCUCAAAAUUUUAGACCUCUCACACCUUAACCUAACUGGAGAGUUUCCCAUGUGGUUGUUGGAAAACAACACAAGGUUGAACACACUUUUGCUAGUUAGCAAUUCCCUCUCUGGACCUAUUGAGUUGCCAGCUCACUCUCAUAUGAGUUUGGAACAUCUAGAUAUCUCCAAAAAUUUCUUAGAUGACCAUAUUCCAAUGGAGAUUGGAGCAUCUUUGCCAAGUUUACGAGAUUUAAACAUUUCAGGAAAUUCUCUUACUGGUAGCAUUCCUCCUUCAAUUGGUGAUAUGAAUGCGUUGGAGUCUUUGGACUUAUCUUACAAUAACUUAUCUGGUGGAAUACCUGAGAAGUUAACCAUGGGUUGCUCAUCAUUGAGGCUCCUUAUUCUAUCAAACAACAACCUACAAGGCCACAUUUUCUAUGGGAAAUUUAGCUUAUUCCUCUUGGAUGAAUUACAGUUAAAUGACAAUCACUUUUUUGGAAGUAUCCCAAAAGUUUUAUCUAACUGCUCCUCUCUGUAUUUAAUAGAUUUUAGCAACAACAAUCUCUCUGGAAGGAUCCCGAGCUGGAUGGGUAAUAUUUCAACCUUGGAAGAAAUUAUCAUGCCCAAUAAUGGUCUUGAAGGUCCAAUUCCUAUUGACUUUUGUCAGCUUCUAAAACUUUUAAUUCUAGACCUUUCAAAUAACAAUAUUUCGGGGAGUCUACCAGCUUGUUUUAGCCCAAGUUUGAUAAAUCAUGUUCAUUUAUCCAAAAACAGGCUAGAAGGAUCACUGACAACACAGUUUUAUAAUAGCUCUUCUCUAAUAACGCUAGAUCUUAGUGACAACCAGUUAAGUGGUAACAUUCCAAAUUACAUCAAUAUGCUUGGUAAGUUGAGUUAUCUUAUCUUGAAGAACAAUAAUCUUGAAGGUAAGAUCCCAAUUCAACUAUGCGAGUUGUGGAGAUUGUGCUUGAUUGAUCUAUCUCAGAACCAUCUUUCUGGCCAUAUACCCUCUUGCCUAGAUAUUACUACUUUUGAUGAGUCAUACAAUGUUGGUCUAUCUCUUGUUCGUAGUAAUAAUGCAGCUCUUGUUCAUGAUACUAAUGCAUCUCUUGUUCCUACAAAAGAACCAGUGCACUUCACAACAAAGAAUGUGUCAUAUUCUUACGAGGGAACACUUCUUACCUACAUGUCUGGAAUUGACCUGUCCUGCAACAAACUGACCGGUGAAAUUCCUUAUGAAAUAGGACAGCUUAGUAAGAUUCAUGUCCUAAACCUGUCUCAUAAUUUCUUGGUUGGUCAAAUUCCAUCUACAUUUUCUAACCUUGAGCAAAUCGAGAGCUUGGAUCUUUCCUACAACAAUUUGAGCGGGAAAAUUCCUCCCCAGCUUAUUCAGCUGCAUUACUUAUCUAUCUUUAGGGUGGCAUACAACAACCUAUCAGGCGAGACACCGAAAAGGGUUGGUCAAUUUGGAACAUUUGAUGAACGUUGUUAUGAGGGUAAUCCUCUGCUUUGUGGGGAGCCAAUGAAAAGUUGCAGAGCAACAAGUCCACCAUUGAUCCCAGAAAGUCCAACCCCAGGUAGAGAAGAUGAUGGUUUCAUCGAUAUGGGUGUCUUCUAUGUGAGUUUAAUUGUGUCUUACAUAAUGGUGCUCAUAACUAUUGCUGCAGUUCUCUACAUAAAUCCUUACUGGCGACGGGCAUGGUUCUAUUACGCUGAGAUGUGCUUCAUUUCUAGCUACUAUUUUAUCGUAGAUCAUCUUCCCAAGCAAUUUCAUUAAAGAAUGUAUCCAGAUUAUAGGUGUCCUUUCUAUAUAUAUUCUUUCUUAUUUUCCUGUUCGGAAUUGCAAUGAGAAGUCAUAGAUAUAUAUGCUCUUUCAAGUAAUUAAAACUAGCGAGCAGAG